AUGGGUCAUCCAGAAAUCAUCACGGAGAAUUUUGAGGAGAUUUCUAAUUAUUUCGGGUUGAUUCAAUGUCAGGUUUUACCCCCUCGGGGUCUCUAUCAUCCCGUUUUACCCUAUCGUACCGGAGGAAAAUUAUUGUUUCCCUUAUGUCGUACUUGUGCCCAAAAACUUUGUCAAGAUUCUCAGUAUCGCUGUCAGCAUACAGAUUCUGAACGCUGUAUCACGGGAACUUGGGUGACUAGCGAACUUCAAAAAGCCUUAGAAUGCGGAUACCAGUUAAAGAAAAUUUACGAAGUGUGGCAUUUUCCAGAAAAAAGUCAGGAUCUCUUUCGAAGUUACAUUGACACGUUUUUGAAAAUCAAACAGGAAGCCUCUGGAUAUCCCCCCGAGUGCGACACCGAGGAACAACGGGUAGCUUACAUCCGCGACAUAUUUGAUCGAGAGAAAUUGAUGUUGAACCCUAUAGAAAUCGAGAAAAAUCCCGUGAAACGAACUAUUGCCAAGUUAUUUUUGAAUUGUUUGUGGGGAAAAUUUGCUCAGCGCCUUCAAUUACCUAAAAUCGAAUAUUUGAAAGAAGAAGAACAAUUGACGAGAAUGUUACAGGACAGCACUCUUGAAAUCAAAGGAGUUGAGUUAUUUAACAACUUAGAACAACCCGAACGCGAUCUGAUUUUGAUUAAUUAUCUGGAAAAACAAGAUUUCAUCGAAGACUGCCCCUUUGGAAACGUGGUGUUAGCUGCUUUUACUACUGCUCAUGCUCGUUUACAUUUAUACGACACCUUAGAAAAAUUAGGAGAUCGGGUUCUUUACUUCGAUACCGACAGUAUUAUUUAUCAACACGUAGAAGGCUUGUAUAAUCCUACUAUAGUCAAUAGUUUAGGAGGAUGGACCGACGAAUUGGAGGGAGGUCAUAUUACCAAAUUCAUGUCUGGUGGCCCUAAGAAUUAUGCGUUUGAAACAGAUACUGGAAAAAGCGUGCAAAAAGUCAAAGGCCUUACUUUGAAUCAUCGAGCUUCUCAAAUCGUAACCAUGAAGGCUUUAGAGAAAAUGAUUUUUAAAGAAUUGGAUGAAGUGACGGUCACUUAUCCUCAUAAAAUCCAGAGAACCAAGAGACAUGAAUUAUUGACCAAACAUUUUACUAAGAAAUAUCAAAUUGUAUAUGAUAAACGGCAGAUCAUUGAUGAUUUUAAGACUCUUCCUUUUGGUAAUUAA